UUCUUUCGGUUUCAUUUCUCUGUGUUGGUCGUUGAAUAAUUUCUUCUACGCGGAGUUUAAAAGAUCAGGACACAGUUUAAAGUACUACUUUCAACAAAAUAUCAGACUUGUCUGAAAUCAUGGAUAUGGAGGAGGAGUCUUCUGCUAGAAAGCAUCACUAUGAGAUCAGAGAAGAGGGAGGUGCACUGUGUCCCAGCGGUGUGUCUAUGAAGAGUACAAAUUCAAUGAAUCCACCCAAUUAUUUCAGAACUGGAGCUGUGAAUCCUGGAGAAAUGAGACAAAAGAGGAUGAUAUUUUUGUCUGAAGUCAUGGAUAUGGAGGAGUCUUCUGCUAGAAAGCGUCACUAUGAGAUCAGAAAGGAGGGAGGUGCACCGUGUCCCAGCGGAGUGUCUAUAAAGAGUACAAAUUCAAUGAAUCCACCCAAUUAUUUCAGAACUGGAGCUGUGAAUCCUGGAGAAAUAAAAGCAUAUGAAAUCAUGAAUAUGAAGCAUAACUCUCCUGCUAAAGAGCGUCGCUGUGAUAGGAGAGAGAAGACAACAAAUUCAUUGGAUCCACUCUCUAAUUUCAGAACUGGAGCUGUGAAUCCUGAAGACACUGGGGGAAAUGAAGUUGUCAUUAAAACAGUCAAAGCCACUCACAAAACCAGAAUGAAGAACAAGUAUGAGCGCUUGUUUGAGGGAAUCAAACUACAAGAGAAUGAAACCCUCCUGAACAGCAUCUACACACAGCUCUACAUCAUUGAGGAAGAGAGAGAAGGACUUAAUGAACAACAUGAGAUUUUACAGUUGGAGAGCACAACCAGAACACAAGACACUUCAAUCUGCUGCAAUGACAUCUUUAAAGCCUCAUCUAAACCAGGACGUGAGGAGAAAGAGAAAAUAAAGACUGUUCUUACUAAAGGCAUGGCGGGAAUUGGAAAAACAUUCUCUGUGCAUAAGUUCAUUCUGGACUGGGCCGAGGGAAAAGCCAAUCAGGAUGUAGAUUUCAUGUUUGUGUUUCCGUUUCGAGAGCUGAACUUGAUUAAAGAUGAUGAGUAUAGUCUUCACAGACUUCUGCUGGACUUUUAUCCUGAACUUCAAGAUCUGGACUCACAGAUUUACGAGGAGUGUAAAGUUGUGUUCAUCUUUGAUGGUCUGGAUGAAAGCAGAAUCACACUGAAGUUUUCAGAUGCUCAGAAAGUUUCUGAUAUAAAUGAGUCUUCAUCAGUGGAUGUGUUGAUGUCAAACCUCAUCAGAGGAGAUCUGUUCCCCUCUGCUCUCAUCUGGAUCACCUCCAGACCAGCAGCAGCCAAUCAGAUCCCCUCUGAAUACAUCAACCGUCUGACACAAAUACAGGGAUUUGAUGACCCUCAGAAAGAGGAAUAUUUCAGGAAGAGAAUCAGUGACGAGCAUCAAGCAAACACGAUCAUUUCACACAUCAAAAGAUCAAGAAGUCUUCACAUCAUGUGUCACAUCCCCGUCUUCUGCUGGAUCUCAUCCACUGUGCUUCAAAACAUCCUGAAACAAGAUCUGAGUGCAGAAAUCCCUCAAACUCUGACUGAAAUGUACAUCCACUUCCUGCUGAUUCAGAUCAACAUGAAGAACCAGAAGUAUGAAGAGAGAGAUUCAGAAAAACUCCUGCAGUCCAACAGAGAAGUGCUUGUGAAACUUGCUCAAUUGGCUUACAAUCAGCUGAUGAAGGGCAAUGUGAUGUUCUAUGAGGAGGACCUGAAAGAGAGCGGCAUAGAUGUCACUGAAGCAUCAGUGUAUUCUGGGAUUUGCACUCAGAUCUUUAAGGAGGAAUCUGUGAUUCAUCAGAGGAAAGUCUACAGCUUCAUUCAUCUCAGCUUUCAGGAGUUUCUGGCAGCUCUUUAUGUGUUUUUCUGCCACAUACACAACAAGAAGGAAGUACUGAGCACAUUUUACAUAUCCAAGCAAUUAUCAUUGUACAUGCUGCUUAAAGCAGCAGUUGAUAAAACAUUGCAAACUGGACACUUGGAUCUUUUCCUCCGCUUCCUGCUGGGCAUCGCACUGGAGUCCAAUCACAUACUCUUACAGGAUCUACUGAGUUACACAGAGGACAGCAAUGGGGCCUAUGAUUUAAUCGCAACAUAUAUUAAAGAUACAAUUAUUGGUGACAAACAACUGUCAGCAGAUAAAUCUAUCAAUCUCUUCCUCUGUCUGUUGGAACUGAAUAAUAAGUCUCUCUACAGAGAGAUUCAGAGCUUUGUGAAUUCAGAUAAACUCUCAUGGACGAAACUCUCUCUCCCUCACUGCUCAGCAGUAGCCUACAUGCUUCAGAUGUCAGAUCAAGUGCUGGAUGAACUGAACCUCAAGAAAUUCAACACAUCAGAUGAAGGCAGAAAGAGACUGAUACCAGCUGUGAGGAACUGCAGAAAAGCCCUAUUGUCAGGUUGUAAUCUCACUGAUCAGUGUUGUGAAAGUGUGGCUACAGCUCUAAAAUUAAAUUCCUCAUUGAGAGAGCUCGACCUGAGUAACAAUGACCUGAAAGAUUCAGGAGGGAAGCUGCUCUUUGAUGCACUCAAGAGUCCAAAGUGUCAACUGGAAAUACUGAGAUUGUCCAUCUGUAAUUUCACUGAUCAGUGUUGUGAAAGUCUGGCUUCAGCUCUUCAAUCAUCAAACUCCUGUCUAAAGGAGCUGGACCUGAGUAACAAUGACCUGAAAGAUUCAGGAGUGAAGCUGAUCGCUGAUGCACUGAAGAGUCCAAACUGUAAACUGGAGAAGCUGAGAUUAUCUGGCUGUAUGGUGACGAAGGAGGGCUGCUCUCAUCUGGCUUCAGCUCUGAGUUUAACAUCCUCCCAUUUGAGAGAGCUGGAUCUGAGCUACAAUUACCCUGGAGAUUCAAAACUCAGUCAGGAGAAUCCAAAAUGCAAACUUUGGUAUGAUGGGCUCUUUUUAAUUAAAUGUAGUUUUAUUUGAUUUAAUUCAUGAAGUCUAAAUUAAGGGACUGAGAUAAUGUUGGGUUACAUAUUGAAUGACAGAUAAAAUACAUAUUUACAUGUCCAUACAAAUAGCAUAGAUCUUCUGAAAAUGUGACUCUAGCAGCAGAAAACAAUCCAAUCAAACAUUUACAUAGCCAAUGUUUUUCUGUUAAAGCAAGGGUAGGCAGUUUCUGCGUUAAUAGUAUACUACGGAAUUACAAAAAUAAAGCAUGAUUUUCUGCAACCUUUGCAAAAUUAUGACUAAUUUAAAAAUGGUUGAUGCCCAAAAUGACAGAUAUGGACCAAACUGUUCAGAAGUUAGGUAGGUGUUGCUGUGCUAAAACUGUGCAAGUUCCUUCAGGUCCUGGUUUCUAAAACAUAAAAUAGGACUGAAUAGCAUUGUGGACAUAUAGUCUCACAUCCAUUUUGGUGUGCACUUCAUCAAAAUUGAUUGAUACACUACACAAGAAUGGUGUGGUCUAUGAAAAAAUCGUUUUAACUUUUUGCCAGUGUGGUCUGAAUAUGAUCUCAGCCAAUGUUGGUGAAAAAUGAUGUUCACACUUGGCAUCAUUUUUGACAAGAAAAAGUUGACAAGGGUACUUUUUUUUUAGUAAAGAAAAAAAAGCUGUCAGUGUUAUGGUUAUAAACAGCAGCUGAGGGCAUCUUUUGUUACUAUAACAACAGCCGCAACAGUAGCCUAGUGCUGUGUGGUGUGGAAAUGUCCAGAAAGAGGACUUUACCUCUUGCAAUGCCUUUUGAAGUUAACAGGGAGGAGAACGUUAGUUCACAGCAAUGUUUGUGGGUACAGGAUGACAUACGGGAAAGGAAACCAUAUGUUGGUUACAACAGUUUAAUCCAGGAGCUCCGGUUGGAUGAUGAUGCAUGGUUUGCGGCAUAUUUAGAUGAAACAAAGUUUAUCUACUGGCACCUUCUAAAUUUUUUCUUGUUGUUAUGUAAACAACAGGUCUCACUUCACACUUGUCAUUGGUCAGCUGUCAAAAAGGCACUUGAUGUAUGGUGUUUUUUUCUGAAAAGUUUAACUUUUUUCAACUUAAAAAGACGCUCUGAGCAGAAAAAAAGACACCGGCGGUGGUGUUUAAAAAAGUAUACUUUUAUGAUAACACCGAUUACUCCAUAGGAUUAUAAUAUAAAAAACCGAUGCUGGCAGCUUAAAAAAAAGAUGCCAAGAAACCAUCUACGGACACCUUGGCAAUUUAAUCACCAUUGGCUAGUAAAUAUGUU